GCGCUCCUUCAUAAACGGGACCACAAUGUUAUGCAGAUAAUUUAGGUAAAGUUUCGAGCUAUGCGACCACACGGCAAGAAUACCAAUACUACGAUACGGUUACGAGGGUGCCUCUUGCUUUACCAUACAUGAUCUGUCGCUCCCGAAUGCACAAUGUUCCUGUCUACACUUACCUCACCCAUGGCAGUCACAACAAGGUUGAAGGGAACAUCUGGGCUUUUGAGAAGGAUGUUAAGGAGUACCUGCAACAGCUUACUGGCAAACACCUGCCAACCCAGGUCAAUGAAGUGACCAUGACAAUUCGAGUCAAAGGUCACUUUGAUACAGCGCUGAAGGAGUGGCUGGUGAAGAAGGGAUUCUAAGUCGACCUUUGGUGAGGAGGUAAACUGUCGCAAAACAGUUGUCAAAGAAAAAUAGUGCUUACUUUUCUAUAUGCACCCAACAUUUUCAAAUGAGUGGAUAAAUAUGAGACAGUUGUUUAUUUAUGUCCAUGUCAAUUAUAUUUGUUUGUAUGUAACA